AUGGAGAAGAUGUUAUCGGGAGAGCCGUACAACUCAUGGGACCCGCCACUAGUGGAGCUGCGACAGCUGGCGACGCAGCGAACGUCGGCGCUGAAUGCGACACCGGCGGGCGAGGUGGAGAAGCGACGCAAGUUGUCGUACGAGCUGCUGGGCGAGGCGGGCGAGAACCUCUUCAUCACGUCGCCCUUCCUCUGCGACUAUGGCUGCCAUAUCACCGUGGGCCGCAACGUGUACAUGAACUUUGGGUGCGUGCUGCUGGACUGCAACCGCAUCACCAUCGGCGACGACGUGCUCUUCGGCCCCUACGUGCAGCUCUACACGGCAGCGCACCCCACACACCCCGCCACACGGCUUACAGGAGUUGAAACCGCACACGCCAUCACCAUAGGCUCCAAUGUGUGGCUCGGCGGGGGGGUGAUUGUGUGCCCUGGGGUUAGUAUUGGGUCGCACACGACUAUUGGUGCUGGAAGUGUGGUCACCAAGGAUAUUCCGGGCUGUUGUGUGGCAGUGGGGAACCCAUACUUCGACAUGGCACAGCUGCCUCUACUCAAGCCGUCUGCCACCACGCAGCUGGCUCUGCUCAAGUCGUCAAGGUUCAGGCAGGUGGUCCCGUGUGCCGCCCUAGAGCGGCUUGAGAUUGUUAUGCAGCGUCCUGAUUCCGACACUCCGACCUUUCAAAUCGGAGGUCUGAUGCCGAGUCUCCGCAAGCUGACAAUUCGCCAGAGUCUGCAGCAUAAUGACCCUAGGCCAAUUUAUCUAAGCUUCGCUUCAUCAACUCUCUUGGAGAGCUUGACACUUACUGAGUGUUACGAAAGAUACAAGCCUUCGGUUUAUUAUUACGACCUGCCGGACGAUAUCGGCUGCCUGCUUGCCCUCAAGACUCUCGUGCUCCACAGGCUGCAACUCGAGGCCCUCCCGGACGCCCUCUGUCACCUGCCUUCCCUCGAGACAUUUGUCCUCGUCGAAUGCGCGAUCAGCCCGCAGGUCCUCCAGCUGCCCGAAGCUUUCUGCUGCCUCACGUCACUCCAAACCCUCGCCAUUGUGAAGAUGCCUCGUGUGAGGCUGCCGGAGAAUAUUGGAGAGCUCUCAAGGCUGCACACGUUGUAUUUGAAUGGCCUUUACCAGCAGCCGCGACUGCCACUCUCCUUCACCCAGUUGACUUCGUUGACCAGGCUUGAACUGGCCCUGUGCACGAUUCAAGAGCUUCCCGAGGACUUGGGGAACCUCACUAACCUGCAGGAGUUGCACAUUCGCUCCUGCCCCCGGAUUCAGCGGCUUCCAGAGUCCCUCACAAGCCUCUCAAGCCUUGAAACCCUUACGGUUGAUGACUGUUUGAAGCUCACCUCGAUUCCCAGGAGGCUCGAUGGCCUCGGGAGGCUCAAAUGGCUGGAGCUGACUGGCUGCCCCGAUCAGACUCAACCUCCUGUGUGUCUGCCGAUCUCCCUCGAGGUCUUGAGUCUUGGAAACAGCUACCACGUGGCUGAUCUGCCAGACGUCUCCGUGCUGCCUUGGCUGAGAAAGCUCUCCUUGAAGCUGGUUGGAGCGCAGGAGAGGAUGGCUGUGGGCAGCAGCUUGGCGCGCGUGAAGCAGCUGGAGUUGUCGCUGCAGGAGGAGGCUGUGGAGCUGCCCUUGUCCCUUGCGCUGCUCCCCCAGCUGCACACGCUGGUCAUCUGGAACGCGGGGAAGAUGCAGCGGCUUCCAAGCGACAUGGGAUGGGCUGUGGCGCAGCUGAGGGUUGUGCAGAUCCACUGUGCGCGGGAAUUGAGGGAGCUGCCGGACAGCAUUGGCGCUGCAUCCCGCCUGCGCCAGCUGCACCUCUUUGACUGCCCCGCCCUGCACCACCUGCCCGCUUCCCUCACCCACCUUGCAUGCCUCCACCAGCUGCAUGUGGAAAACACCGGCCUGCGCUGCCUGCCCUCAGGGUUUGCCCAACUGACCCGGCUGCGCAGUCUUAGUGUGCGUGGCUGUGUGCGGCUGGAGUGUCUGCCAGAGGAUCUCUCGCAGCUGAAGAUGCUGCGAUCAUUGAGUGUUGGAAACUGCAACAAGCGUGUGUGCCCUGGGUGGGACGAAGUCCUGGAACCUCGUGGGCUUCAAGAUUUGUAUGGAUUGAAAAUAGACCGUUCUUGA